AUGAUAUUAUUAGGAUUUAAUGGAGGAGGAGAGGGGUGCUUGGAAGAAGAGAGAGAAGCUCUUGUGAAGCUGAAAGAAGCCUUCAAUCACCCACAUGGAUCUUCUCUUCCUUCUUGGAAUAACGUUACCAAUCAUUCUGAUUGCUGCACUUGGGAGCGUGUUCACUGUGACAACUCUACUCACAGAGUGAUAGAGCUUGAUCUGAGUGGCACCAGAGCUGAAGAGUUGGGACACAUCAAAUGGUCACUUAAUGUUUCUUAUUUCCUUCCUUUCCACCAACUUCAAAUUUUAGAUUUGUCUGGGAAUUACUUGUCAGGGCUGUUUGGGGAUAUUAGGCUCGACAAUUUGGAAGAUUUGUCUUUCUCAGUUAAUGAGCUCAAGGAAGCCCCAUCUUUUGAUCUUUCUCAUUCACGCAAUUUGAAGAUGCUGGACCUUUCUUCGAAUUCCUUGGAGGGCACUCUUCCAGAAUCUAUAACGUCUCUUACUUCCCUCGCUGAUUUGUUUUUAGAAGAUAAUAACUUGAAUGGCUCACUACCACAACGAGGAGGCUUGUGCGAUAUGAAGAAUCUUGCAGCAUUGGAUCUUAACUCCAAUAAAUUUGAGGGGCAACUUCCUGCAUGCAUCGGCAAUUUGACGUCUCUACAUAUACUUGCUCUUCGAAAUAAUGGUUUUGAAGGAACCUUUCCUUCCUCGCUAUUUCAGGCUUUAAGAUCCCUAGUCUUAUUUUCUCUGUCUGACGACAAUUUCAAUGGCUCAUUCUCACUCUCUUUGCUUGCCAACCACUCCAACCUCCAAAUCUUUCGUAUGGAAUGCUAUAAUGCAAAUCUCAAGCUUGAAACUGAGAAUCCCCCAUUUAUCCCUUCCUUCCAAUUGAGGGUUUUACGCAUCCACAACUGCACUCUGGUAGCAAACAACAACAAAAUGCCUACCUUUCUUCUUCAUCAAUAUGACUUGCUAAGUCUACAACUUAGCCACUUAAGCAUGACAGGAAUUUUCCCAUCUUGGCUUUUGACAAAUAACACAGAAUUAAAUUAUUUCAGUCUGGCCAACAAUUUGUUCACUGGUCCAUUUGAGCUCAAUUCCACCUCAAAAUUGCUUCAAAUGCAAUUUUUCAAUGUUUCCUCAAAUCCCAUUGAAGAUGAAGUGCCUUCUCACAUUGGCUCCUUUUUUCCCAACUUGAUUUCUCUGGACAUGUCUUCAUGUUCACUGCGAGGUAGCUUCCCAGCUUCAAUAGGUGAAAUGACACAAUUGAAUGAUCUUGACUUGUCACACAAUAAUUUAUCGGGUUACUUGCCCCAAGAAUUCGGUCGUGCUAGCACUGAGUUGAGGUUUGUUCCAACUGGGAUUAUAAAUAGUACUGAAUUGAGAAUGUUGGAUUUAAGCGCCAACCAACUAUCAGGUGAAAUACCUAGUUGGAUUGGAAAUUUUCAACAUAUGAGUUACCUCAUUUUGUCCAAGAAUUCUUUCACAGGUUCACUACCAAAAAGCUUUUGCAACUUAACUAGACUGACUUAUCUAGAGCUUUCUAAAAAUAAAUUCAAUGGCUCUUUGCCAAGUUGUCUCAAUAUGCCGUUGUUGAAGUAUUUGCAUUUGCAAAGCAACCAAUUCACAGGACCUAUACCUUCUACUUUGGCCAACUCCUCCUUAUUGACCUUGGACUUCACGAACAACAAUUUUUCAGGUCAAGUUCCAAGAUUGUUUAGCUUGCUUUUGAAUUUAAGGGUCCUCAUCUUAAAAGAAAACAAAUUUAAUGGUUCUAUUCCUAUUGAUUUAUGUGAGCUCAAGAAGAUAAACAUACUUGAUCUUUCUCAAAAUAAGCUUUCUGGAAGGAUACCCUAUUGCUUGAAUAACGUCGCAUUUGGAAAGAAGAAUGCACCUAGAGAAACCAAUAUAGGAAAUUUUAAUGUGUCCUGGACGACAAGAGGCUUAAGAUAUACAUUGAACGCUCCACCUUAUAAAGUUAGUUUAAGUGAAAGCAAGGAAAUUAUUACAUUGUCUAGAGAUCAAGAAGUCGAUUUUACAACCAAAAGCAGGCAUGAAUCUUACAAAGGAAAUAUUUUGAAUUUCAUGUCAGGACUGGAUCUCUCAGGAAAUCAAUUGACAGGUGAAAUCCCUUCACAAAUUGGAUAUUUAAGCACUAUCCACACUUUAAAUCUGUCAAAGAAUGAUUUGAAAGGACCCAUUCCAGUUUCAUUUUCCAACCUUAAGCAAAUAGAAAGCCUAGAUCUUUCACACAACAAAUCAACAGGCCACAUUCCUGCACAAUUAACGCAACUUUACUUCUUGUCUAUCUUUUCUGUGGCUCAUAAUAAUCUAUCUGGAAGGAUACCUGACAUGAAAAAUCAAUUUUCAACUUUUGAACCAAAUAGUUAUGAAGGGAACCCUUUUCUUUGUGGCCCACCUCUACAGAAAAAUUGCUCGUCUAUUGACAAACUAUUAAGGGGAAACAAGCAACCUCAUCAUUCAGAAGAUGAGGACUUCCAAAAUAUCUUCUUGUGGACUUUUGCUGGAGCAUUUGGGAUUUCAUUUGAGACAAGGUGUUUUUCAACAAAGAUGAAGAAAGUUUUUGAUUAUAUCAAAAAGCAAAAAUCUUUGAGGGAUAGGGUUAAUAGAAUAGGUUUUGGUAAAAGAAGAGGAGAGGAAGUUGUUCAAAACCACAAUAGUGAAGAGGAAGAGGAGGAAGAGUUGGGACAUGAAGACAAAGAAGAGGAAGGAGAAUUGAUAGGAGAUGAAAAGGAAGAUGAAGGGGGAUUUGGGGAAGAUCAAAAGAAAGACGAGGAAGGACAAGCAGAAGGAGAUGAAAAUGAAGAGGAAGGGAAAUCCAGAGAAGAUAAAAAGGAAGAAGAGGAUGGACAAGUAGAAGGUGAUGAAAAUGAAGAGGAAGGAGAAUCGGGUGUACAAGAAAAAGAAGCAGAAAAGAAAAUUAGAAAACAAGAUUCUAAGGGUAAAAUGACACUAAGAAGGUCACAACGACAAAUAAUCAGCACUAUUCAUUCACCCUUUUUGAAUGAUAGAGGGAAGGCAAAAAGAGGAUGUGAAGAAAGAGGAUAA